AUGCAACACGCACAAGCGCGUACAGAUAGAUAUUGGUACAAUGGAGAUUCAGUUGGACAACAAUGUCUUCGAUUUUAUUAUUAUUUUACUAUUUAUGAUAAAGAAGAUUGGGGUCAACGGAUUCAAGUGUUGAUUAGACCUAAUAAUGAAACUGCCGAUGAAUUUUCAAUUAAAAACCUUACAAUAGUGAAUAUGAACGAAAAUAAAUGGGAAUUUCAAUCUGUAACAUUUAAUUCAACAUUUUCUCGUUACACAUUAGUCUUUUCUUUUUCUGUUGAUGAAAUCAAUCAAACAGUCGAGGUGAUGUCAAACCAAACGAUUUAUUUUGCAUUAGAUAAUAUAGAAUUAUAUGAUUUUAAUUGUUCAUAUGUGAAUGAACAAUUGACUACUUCGACAACAAUGCCAAUGCAGAAAACAACUACAAUAUCGACUUCCACAACAUCGGAAACAUUUGGUGGACAAAUAACUUCUGGGACACCAACAGGCUCAAAUACAGGAUUAAUUGUCGGUCUUACAUUGGGUCUUGGGAUCCCCGCUUUAAUUGGGAUUGCUGUUGGUGGUUAUUUUUGGAAAAAGCGCAGAGAUAAUCACCAAACAGAAAGCUUCGAUCUUCCGAUGGUAAAAAAAAGUAGCAGGAUAGCUACUAAAGCAUUAACGCGUUAA